GAAUAAAAAAAAUGAAGGUCAAGGAAUAAAACCGUAACACACUGUCUACGCAGUCAAGACAGAGAGGUUAACACUUGCAGCAAACGUUAUCCCACCGUCAUGGCCUACACACACGUCAGCAAAGAUUUACCGGACAUCGAGAACCUGCUGGCCUUGAACCCGAAGGUGAGACGCUCGGCAACGGUCAUCCCAAGUGCUAGCACCAAAACUGGCAAAAAACACUGGAAGAGGAACCAUGACAACCACUGUUCUUCAUGUGACUCUGGGCUGUUUAAAAACUUUGACGACAUCAAGCACACAACACUGAGUGAGAGGGGGGCCCUGAAGGAGGCGGCGCGGUGCCUCAAGUGUGCCGACGCCCCGUGUCAGAAGAGCUGCCCCACACAGCUGGAUAUCAAGUUCUUCAUCUCCUGUAUCGCUAACAAGAAUUACUACGGUGCAGCGAAAACAAUUUUGUCGGACAACCCAUUGGGUCUGACAUGCGGCAUGGUGUGUCCAACAUCCGACCUGUGUGUGGGUGGUUGCAACUUGUACGCAUCUGAGGAAGGACCAAUCAACAUUGGCGGCUUACAGCAGUUUGCUAUUGAGAUCUUCAAAAGGAUGAGGGUACCACAGAUCAGGGACCCGAGCCUCCCCCCUGUGGACCAGCUACCUGACAGCUACAGGGCCAAGGUAGCUCUAGUGGGCUGUGGGCCGGCCAGCAUCAGUUGUGCUAGCUAUCUAGCCAGGCUCGGAUAUACAGACAUUACAGUGUUUGAGAAAAAAAAUUACAUCGGUGGUCUAAGUUCUUCAGAGAUUCCUCAGUACCGAUUGCCUUACAGUGUAGUGGAGUUUGAAGUAGAUUUGAUGAAAGAUCUCGGUGUCAAGGUUGUGACCAACAGAGCAUUAGAUCCAUCUGAUUUAACUGUGUCUUCUCUCAGGGAGCAAGGAUACAAGGCUAUCUUUCUUGGCAUUGGUUUACCAGAUCCAAAGAAAAUUGGAAUUUUCAAAGAUUUAAAACAAGAGCAAGGAUUUUACACUUCAAAAGAUUUUCUGCCUGUUGUUGCUCAGGCUAGUAAAGCAGGAAUGUGCCACUGCAAGUCCCAGCUACCAAGUCUCCAUGGAAACGUGAUAGUGCUGGGUGCUGGAGACACUGCCUUUGACUGUGCCACCUCUGCCCUGAGGUGCGGAGCAAAGAAAGUUUUUGUUGUCUUUAGGAAAGGUUUCACAAACAUCAGAGCAGUGCCAGAAGAGAUGGAGUUGGCAAAAGAAGAAAAAUGUGAGUUCCUGCCAUUCCUCUCACCCAAGAGUGUACAAGUCAAAAAUGACCGUAUCUGUGGGAUGGAGUUCUUGAGAACAGAACAAACAGAAACCGGUGACUGGAUAGAAGAUGAAGACCAAGUGGUGAAACUCAAGGUUGAUUACAUCAUCUCAGCUUUUGGUUCAGGCAUCACAGAUGAUAAAUUGAAAGAAGCAAUGGCCCCCGUAAAGCUAAACAAAUGGGGGCUGCCAGAAGUGGACACCAACACAAUGACCACUAGUGAGGUGGACAUCUUUUGUGGGGGAGACCUGGCCGGAGUGGCACAAACAACUGUGGAGUCCGUCAAUGAUGGGAAGGUGGCAGCGUGGAACAUACAUAAGUACCUACAGCUUCUUACUAACCAGCCCAUCCCAGACCAACCAAAUCUUCCAAACUUCUUUACACCAAUAGACCUAGUUGAUGUCUCCAUUGAAAUGUGUGGUCUCAAGUUUCCAAAUCCUUUUGGUCUAGCCUCUGCCACCCCUACCACCAGCAGUGCUAUGAUUAGGAGAGCUUUUGAAGCAGGAUGGGGUUUUGCCUUGACAAAAACAUUUUCUCUAGACAAGGACAUCGUGACAAAUGUUUCCCCUCGCAUUGUUCGGGGUACCACCAGUGGUCAGUUGUUUGGACCAGGUCAAGGCUCCUUCCUCAACAUUGAACUCAUCAGCGAAAAGACGGCUGCGUAUUGGUGCAAAAGUAUUACAGAGCUCAAGCAAGACUUCCCUAACAAUAUUGUAAUAGCUAGUAUUAUGUGUGGAUAUAUUGAAUCAGAUUGGACAGAACUGGCAAAAAUGGCAGAGGCUGCUGGUGCUGAUGCACUAGAACUAAAUCUUUCUUGUCCUCAUGGCAUGGGAGAGCGAGGAAUGGGCCUUGCUUGUGGUCAGAAACCUGAACUAGUGUACAAUAUUUGUCUCUGGGUUAGAAAAGCUGUAAAGAUUCCAUUUUUCGCCAAGCUGACACCAAAUGUCACAAACAUUGUUGACAUUGCCAAAGCAGCCAAGGAAGGUCAGGCUGAUGGGGUAACAGCUACCAAUACUGUCUCUGGUCUGAUGGGUCUCAGAAAUGAUGGCUCAGCCUGGCCAAGUGUAGGAAAAAUGAAACGAACCACUUACGGUGGAGUGUCUGGGAAUGCAAUCCGCCCUAUUGCUCUUCGAGCUGUGUCAGCUAUAGCUGCAGCCUUGCCAAACUUCCCCAUUUUGGCCACUGGGGGCAUAGAUUCAGCAGAUGCUGGGUUGCAGUAUAUUCACGCUGGGGCAUCUGUACUACAGGUGUGUAGUGCAAUCCACAAUCAAGAUUUUACUUUGAUAGAAGAUUACAUUGUUGGCCUAAAAACAUUGCUUUACUUAAGAAGUCUGGGCAACUUUUCUGCUUGGGAUGGCCAAAGUCCACCAGUGGAGAAGCACCAAAAAGGAAAACCUGUACCAAAUAUUAUUGACUUGGUUGGUAAAGCUCUGCCAUCUUUUGGCCCCUACCAGAAACAGCGUGAAGCAAUUAUUGCUGGCUUAAAGCAAAAAUUGGAUCUCUUGGAUGAAUCCCAACAGCCAAUGCCAAACAGACCUGCUUAUGAGCAGACCAGGUCUGUUCCCAAACUCUCAGAUCUGAUUGGUGAUGCUGUAGACAGGAUAACUUCAUACAAUGAGUUGGACAAUACUGACCAAGUAAUUGCUCUAAUUGAUGAGGACAUGUGCAUCAACUGUGGAAAAUGCUACAUGACUUGCAAUGACUCUGGCUACCAGGCUAUCACAUUUGACCCAGAAACUCACCUGCCAAGAGUUAAUGAAAAAGACUGCACAGGCUGUACCCUGUGUUUGUCUGUAUGCCCCAUCAUUGAGUGCAUCAAGAUGAUACCUCGCAAGGAUCCCUACAAGCCAAGACGAGGAAUACCACUCAACACGUCCUCAGUCAACAACACACCAGCAGUUGUCCUGGCCACCAAUUGAACUCCAGCCUUUUGAAGACUGCUGGUUUUAUAAUUGUAUAGUAUUUUUCUCUGUUAUUCACUAUCUGGUUGAGUAGAUUUACAUACAAAACAAAACAUAUUUAAAAUUUAAGUGUGUUAUUGUAUAGUUUUAAAAAUGUUUUUUCUCUUAUUGUUAAUACAUAUUAAAAUAGCAAAGCAAAACACAAAUACUUAAAAAUUCAGUCUAUCUGAGUGGGCAUUAUAAGAACACAGGAUGCAUGCAAUGCUCUUGUCAUAUGUACAACCAUUCACUUAGAUAUCACACUCUUUUUAAAGAUGUAGGAUAGUAGGCCUAUUAUAUUGUUUCUUUGUCAAAAACUAUUGCACAAGCUAGGAAAAAAACCACAAAGAGUUACAUGUGUUUAUUUUGUUAAAAACUGUCGUGUGUAGCAAAAUUGUGUGAAUUACAACUGUUAGAUAAUAAUAUAAGACAUAACACUUUAUCUCUUGUGUUAUUGUUACUGCUAAUAAAUUUCCCCGGUGAUGAGCUUUAAAUGGUAUUGAGCUUUAAAAAUUGAUUUGAAUUCAUAUUAGAAAAAUGCAUUACAAAGCUUCCUCUUUGUGAGCUUUGCCAGUUACAAUUUACUCCAGAUUUAACAUGCAUACUCUUUUUGAGUGUAGCAUUUUUUAAAUAUUGUGCUUUGUUUUUUAUUUUGUUAUAAAAAUAAAUAUAUCAAAAUAUAAUUUCAAAUUUUAGCUGUUGUAAUUGUUAUGAUAUAUUUCUAUACAGAAAAAUGUAUCCAACAUUAACUAAGUCAUUUCUCUGAAAAUAAAAGUUUGAUGAGUGGUACAAAUAGU